CGCUCGUCCAAGCCGCAUCUCCAUCCUCCUCCACUCCCCCUUCUCCUCCUCCUCCUCCUCCACCUCCCCUUCUCGCCAUGGUCCGCCCCCAGAUCGCCAACGCCGCCCGCGCCGUCGGCCGCCGCGCAAACUCGACCCAGGCCAACCCCCAGGUGCAGAAGGCCGUCCAGCAGGCCUCGCAGAUCUACGCCCAGGGCGCCCAGACCGUCAAGCGUGUCGCCGGCCCCGUCGGUGACCGUGUUGGCUCGCUCCUCGGUGCCUACCGCGCGCCCUUGACGUACAACUGGAACGUCUUCACCUCGCUCGUGCGCCAGGUCUACAAGGCCGAGAAGCUCGCUCCCCCCACCCACCUCUCGCAGUGGGCCACGGCCUACGCCAACAUCUGGGCGCGCGCCUCGUCGCCUGCGUGGUGGCGCAGCGCGCUCGAGUCGGGCGAGUGGGCCAAGGUCGCCAUUGCCGCGGUCGAGGCCUACGGUAUCUUCAAGAUUGGUGAGAUCAUUGGCCGCCGCCACAUUGUCGGCUACAAGAUCAAGGAGCCCGCCGCUGCGGCUCACUAGGCGUUUAAAAGGCCAACAUAGGCCCUAAGAGCAUGCACACUUUCACGGAGGAUA